AUGCCACCCGACGCAUCCUUUCCCACUAACCCCCAACAGGAAUCUCCAGUGAGGAAACGCUCCAUGCUCCCCGACGCAGGCGAGGAGGAGGAUGAAGGCCAGUCCUCGAAGCGCAUGAAAGUCAUUGAAGCGCCACUAACUCCCAUCGGCAAACCUUCACGCUUGAGAGGCAUAGGUUCAUCCAAUGCACGACAGAGGAGCCGUCCCCGUGCAUACGCAAACGCGCGACGGCCUACGGUCGCGCUGAACCCGUCCACGCCACUCCAAGUCAUCCCCCCAGAGUCCUCCUACAAACUCGGAAGUUUCGACUUUUGGCCAAUCACCCAUAAUUUGCUGGUACGUGCAGCUGGGAGCGGUAGCCAGCCUAACUACGAAGCUAUUUUCGACGUCCUCUCAACGUGGCAGAGCCAGGGUAUCAUGGAUCGUGGUAUCCGAUGUUUCAUACCGGACCUCCCGAACGCUCAGAAUCCCAACGAAACGGGCUGGAUGCAGUGUUUUGAUAUGCGUGACCCAGUGUCUGGGGAGACCCACAAACUAGCUAUCACUUCUCUCACGCUUACCGACGCGUUCAAGUGCGACAUACGCAAUUUCCCGCAGCAUCGUGGUGGGGAAGUUGUCGAAUCGGCGGUGGGGAACGCGUCCAUUCCCGUGACUGGGAUUGUGUCCGCAUCUGGAGGCGUCUUCAAGGUGAACUGUUCGCCUGUGUGGACUGCGGUGCACGACAAUAGAGAUAACAGUGCACUUGGGAUCGAACUUUGUGAGGUAUUCGAAGGCCAUCUUGAGAUGUCGGUAAUGUAUGAUUCAGCUGUCGCUGGUUCAGGAAAUAGAUAUGAAUUCAGAAGCGGCCUGUGGGGCAUACGGAUGCGACACCAGGGCUAG